AUGCAAUUCAAAGCCCUCGCGCUCCUUCUCGUUGCCGCUGCACCGGCCGUUUUCGCUGCUCCCGCUCCUGCCGCCAAUGUCAAGAUCAACUCUGACCUCCGCGUUAACCCCGACGGAUGGACUCCAAUCUAUGCCGAUUAUAUCGGCCACAUGAAAUCUCGAUUUGUCAACAAGCCCGUUACAGUUGCUCAAGCCAGCCAAGCCAACACCAAGACUGGCUACUAUAUUGAGGGCAACAACAACUCUGACGAUCUCUUCAUGGGUAUCAUGCGUCAAGUGACCGGACUUGUUCCUAACCAGCUCUACAAGAUGGAUUGGAACAUUAACAUGACCUCUCCCUUUGGCGACAACUGCUUCGGAGUCGGCGGUUCCCCUGGUGGCUCCAACUAUGUCAAGAUCGGAGGUGCCACAAACAAGCCCAACGUUGGUCAAAAGAGGACGGCCAGCGGUGAUUUCUGGACCUUUACCAACUUUGACCACGGUCACCAAGCCGAUGACGGAAAGGACAUGUCUACCGUCAGCAACAUUUCCGUUCCUGGCGCCGAGUGCGAAGGCACAGAGUACGGUCUUGUCCCCACCAUCCUUGAUCUGCGCAGGAGACCCGUCAAGGCUGAUGCAAACGGAUCCCUCUGGGCAGUCAUUGGAAUUGACUCUGGCUUUGAGGGUGUCACCGGUGUCUACUACCAACAAAUCGCCAUUGAAUUUAUCCCUGCUACCGCUGAGGAGGCUGAAUUUCCCUUCUAA